GUCGUUGCGUCCAAGGCUGCGAUUACAGUUGAUCUGCAAACAUGAAACUUUUCGGAUUGUUGUUCCUGGUCGCUGCGGCGGCGGCUGCUCCUGGCAAGGACUACAUUGAGCUGGCCAAGGGAGGCCGCGUGGUUGGUGGCAUCAACGCCCUGCCGCACGAGUUCCCGAGCAUCGUGUCCCUGCAGCGUAUCAUCCUGACCACGUCGAGUCACAUCUGCGGCGGAUCCAUCAUCAACCCACGCUGGAUCUUGACGGCUGCUCACUGCAUCACGGAAUCGCCUGCCACUGCCCGUUUUGUUGCGUUUGCUGGUUCCCACCAGAUCACCGCCAACGAGCCUACCCGCCAGGCCAUCAACAUCGAUAGCCACGUUGUCCAUCCGGAAUACCUGGGUGGUGUGAACCCGAGUGAUGUUGCCGUGAUGCACCUGGUCAGCGCCUUCGUGUUCAACACCUAUGUCCAGCCUGCGGCUCUGGCCCCUGUGGGAUACAACCCCCAGCCUGGACCAGCCACCCUUGCCGGAUGGGGAAGCACCUCGUCCACCAACAUCCCGAGCAUGCCAGCCAUCCUGCAGAAGGUCAUCAAGCCCAUCAUUGACUAUCCAACCUGCGAACAGGCCAACGGCGGUCCCGGAAACUCCCCGCUGGGAGAGACCAACGUUUGCACUGGCCCGCUGACCGGAGGAGUGUCCGCUUGCUCUGGAGAUUCCGGCGGCCCGCUGUACGUCAUUGAAAACGGAGUGCAGACCCAGGUCGGUAUCGUGUCCUGGGGAUGGAUGCCGUGCGGUUCCGUUGGCCGCCCGUCGGUCUACGUUGGCGUUGGAGCGUACCGUCAAUGGAUCGAUUCAAACAUCGACUAAGCGCUUAAGAUAUAUUUAGUUUCAUGCAAUAAAUUUAACUGAUUCAAAUUGAAA